AAGGUUAAGCAGCAAUGUGAUUAUCCCCAUCAUGUGAUCUACAGCUGGGCUAUGAAAGACAGCCUUUUAUAUGAGCUGUAAGCACUUCUCAGAGGUCUGCAUGCACUGAAAAGAUACACCAGAUCCUCUCCAGCUCGGGUUUGAUCAUGACAUAAUCAUCUGACUUCUCUCCAAAUCUUCAUCAAUACAAGUGGAGAGGAACUGAAGAGGUUACACUGCUGAGGUUUUUGUCAUGGAUCACCAUACCUCAGGCCAACACAGUCAACCCAGCAACACCUCAAGCUUUCAGUGGCUUUCUUUUGCUUACCAGGGCCUGACAGAAAUCCCCUAUGAAACCAUUCUAACACAGACAGACACCCUGGAGGUGCUGGACCUGAGUUACAAUCUGCUGGAUGAGAACCCGGCUCUGCUGGGCCAGCUGGAGAAGCUCAGCACUCUUAUCCUGGACUGCAACAACUACACAUCUCACAUCAAGUUCCCCUACAUGCCGAGCGUCACCACAGUGUGCAUCAACAAGAACAAGAUCAACAAUCUGCCUGUGUUUGUGGAGGAAAUCAGACGAAAGUUCCCAAACAUAAAGAUCCUCAGUAUGAUGAACAACGAGGCAGCACCUAGCUAUUUCAAUGGAGGAAGUCUGACCCAGUACAAAGACUACAGACAGUACGUCAUCAGUCAGAUCCCAGGCCUGGAGAUUCUGGAUGACACUGAGGUCCUGGAGAAGGAGAGAACCCAGGCUAGAAAAACCUACAGGCUGCAGCAGAGCAGUGACAGCAGCAGAAAGAGGAAGGAGGACUCAUCAAAGAAACACACACACAUGCAGAAAAAGUCAAAUACUGUUAUAAGACAAUAGGAUGUACUACGUUUUUGAACCCUUCCCUUAAAAUCAAACUUUAAUGUUACACUGUCAACAUUAUGAUACACACUGCGUGUUCUGUAUCUGCUUGCUUCAUACGUUUGAAGCUACAGGAUGUUUACGCAGAGUUAAAUAUUCAAAUCAAACACCAUGUUUUAUAUAGCUGCACUAUCAAAUUAAAAAUGGAAAUAUUCUACA